CAGCAGUGUGGGAAAUGCUUUGCUGUCAAAUCAGUCCUUGUGGUCCAUGAGAGAAGCCACACAGGAGAGAAACGUCACAAAUGCCAGCAGUGUGGGAAAGGAUUUGCUCAGAAGACACAUCUUGUGGUCCAUGAGAGACUCCACACAGCAGAGAAACCUUACAGAUGCCAGCAGUGUGGAAAAGGCUUUGCUCAGAAGUCAGCCCUUGUGGUCCAUGAGAGAGGCCACACAGGAGAGAGACCUUACAGAUGCCAUCAGUGUGGGAAAUGCUUUGCUGUCAAGUCAUCCCUUGUGGUCCAUGAGAGAGGCCACACAGGAGAGAAACCAUUCAAAUGCCAGGAGUGUGGGAAAGGAUUUGCUCAGAAGACACAUCUUGUGGUCCAUGAGAGACUCCACACAGCAGAGAAACCUUACAGAUGCCAGCAGUGUGGAAAAGGCUUUGCUCAGAAGUCAGCCCUUGUGGUCCAUGAGAGAGGCCACACAGGAGAGAGACCUUACAGAUGCCAUCAGUGUGGGAAAUGCUUUGCUGUCAAGUCAUCCCUUGUGGUCCAUGAGAGAGGCCACACAGGAGAGAAACCAUUCAAAUGCCAGGAGU